CCUGGGAUGACGAGCAGUGGCUGCAGAACUUUCGGAUGAGAAAAGCCACUUUCAUGGGACUGUGUGCUGAGCUCGCCCCUACCCUGCGGCGCAGGGACACGAGAUUGAGAGCUGCCCUGCCAGUGGAGAAGCGGGUGGCUAUUGCAAUCUGGAAGCUGGCAACUCCAGACAGCUACCGAUCGGUGGCGAACCAGUUUGGAGUGGGAAAGUCCACCGUUGGAAUGGUGCUGAUGCAAGUUUGCACAGCCAUUAAUCGCACCCUGCUAAGAAGAACUGUGACUCUGGGGAACGUGCAGGACAUUGUGGAUGGCUUUGCAGAAAUGAGUUUUCCUAACUGUGGAGGGGCAAUAGAUGGGACGCAUAUUCCUAUUCUGUCACCACCCCACCUGGCAUCAGAGUACGUUAAUCGCAAGGGGUAUUUCUCCGUGGUUCUGCAAGCGCUUGUGGAUCACCGUGGGCGUUUCACUGACAUUUACUCAGGAUGGCCUGGAAAGGUGCACGAUGCACGCAUAUUUCAGAACAGUGCCCUGUUCAGGAGGCUGAGGGCCGGGACUUUUUUCCCAGACCGCAAGAUCACAGUAGGGGACGUCGAAAUGCCCUCUGUGAUCCUUGGAGACCCCGCUUACCCCUUAAUGCCAUGGCUCAUGAAACCGUAUACAGGGAAGCUUGACAGGAGCAAGGACCGGUUCAACUACAGGCUGAGCCGGUGCAGAAUGACUGUGGAGUGUGCUUUUGGCCGUUUGAAAGCUCGCUGGAGGUGUCUUUAUGGGAAGCUAGAUUUGAUGGAAAGCAGCAUCACCGCUGUUAUAUCCACGUGCUGCACCCUCCAUAAUAUUUGUGAAGGGAAGGGUGAAAGAUUCAGUGAGGAAUGGACCUCCGAGGUUAGACGCCUGGAGAAUGAGUUUGCUCAGCCAGAGAGCAGGGCUAAUAGGGAGGCCCAGGAAAGGGCUUCAAGGAUUAGGGAUGCUUUAAGGGAGCAAUUUGAUUCUGAGAGCCAGCAGUAA